AUGAAGAACAAAAUCGUAGAUCAGUUGAUUAGCGGCAAAAACCGCUCUCCACUUUGCACACCUGCGAGGAACGAAUGUAAUGAGAAGAAUUACCUGAGGGAAGAAGACCUAUUCCUUUAUAGCAAGCCUAAGGACUUGAUCUACUAUUCGGUUAAGCCCAAACCAUUAAAUGGUAGCCCCUCAUCAAGCGAGCUGAGUAUGAACCGAACGGAGUUGAAAAAGAAAAGUGAUAACUUGGUCGUUACUCACAUUUUGCAAAAUGAGGAAAAUGACGUGAUCUGCGAUAGUGGAAUAUCACCAGAGGUAGGAGGUAUAGACAGGAAAAAUGACACCAGUGAUGAGAAGAACAUCACGGGGAUGGGAAGAGAGCCUGUCUUCGGAAGGAAGGACUCGUUAGAGAUCAGAUUCCGUCAAGGGUAUAUCCCCCCUAGGAACAACCAUUACGAAGGUGCAAAUCAUCCCCACUUGGGCUGCAAAAUGGAUGGUACGUCACCUGACAGGGAGAAACGAAUGGCACUGCCAACGCAAUACGAAAUGGGGGAUCCACUACAGCCUUUGCACCAAAGCAGGGAGGAAAAAAUCCAAAAUGAAGGAACCAGCAUCCUCUCGUCCAGACUUAUAAAAACAGAAUGGACUGCAAAUCAUGUAGGGGGUAGGAAAAACAACCAUCAGAAAAAAAUAACCCAUGAUGAUGAUAUCAGCGAGAUUUCUGAAGGAAGAAACGACUUUGUUAAGAUAACGAAAGAGGUGUACGGAAGUAAUAAUUGCUCCAUCUAUCAGAGCGAUGCACCGGAUAGGAACCACAUGAAUGAAAUGGAAAGAAAAAAAAAUGGCACCCAAGGCAGCAGCGGAAGUAGCACCACAAGACACAGAAAACAUUUGACAGAUUUACCACAUUUUGGAACCAUAUAUGAUGAAGAGCAGGAGGAUGAAGAUGCAGCCGACUUCAAUACUGCCAGUGUGAUGGGAUCAAACGACCAGAAGAAGAGCACGCAGCUACGAAGCCCUGUUAAUGAAGGCGCACUGAAAAGGGAAAAAGACUCGACAAAUCAGGAUGAUUCCCAAAGUGAAAUGCACAAAUUUAACAACACUGAACAGAGUCUAAGUGACCUAAUUAGAGCGUUCCAGUUGAAGAGAGCCCAAAACUUGGGUGUUCCAUCGGGUAACUUACCCGGUGUAGACAACCCCGAGGAUAAUUACGCAGAGAAUCGUAGCAUUGCUACAAAAAAGGAGAUGGCCACCCGUUUAGACAACUGCACUAAUGCGAAUAAAGUAAAGGUGUCUGAAAAAUGGGUCAAGCGUUAUGAAGCACCACCUCAGGGGAACGAACAAAAGGUAGAAGAGCUCGGGGAGGUGAGAAAAGGAGCCACCUUAAAAAUGAGCCACAAUAGACAGAUGCUGAACCCAUCCAAAUGGGUUCUAAAGAACCCAUUUAACAAACCGAAAAGGAGCAAGUCAGACGAUAAGACGUUUCUCCUAUGCAAUAACAGCGGUUUGACUGAUUCGAUGCAAACAUAUGGGUACGCUCAUCAGGGUGAAAACAAAUUGGGACAUACAGAAAAUAGCGGAGAAAACCAAAUGGAUUACUACCUACCUAGGGAAACAAAUAUAAUCGAAUUUGAUGAAGAGGGAGGAAAUAAUUAUCAUCUAUUGAACCAUCAAAACGGUGAAAGUACCAAUGGCUCCUACUCUGUGCAGGAAGGAAGACCAUACGAAAAGGUGCAGUUCAUCCCGGCAAACUACAUCCUUAUAAAUAGGGAAGAAUAUCAUCCAGGUGUAGAAAUUAUGAAAAAUGAGCAAAUGAUUAACAGUCAGGAAAACCUUACUUAUCCUCUAAUGUCUGAGUUUAUGCAGCCAUUUGUGGGGAGCAAAGGAGGGCUAGAAAAUGACGACUCCAAUUAUGGCUCCUUUGUAGAGAGGAAAAGCUGCACCGAUGAAAACUUCGUUCACCAGAAGGAUAAGCUAAGUAGAAGUAUCAACUAUAUUAGGCAAAUUAAGAAGGCAAAUGAGCAAGCAAGGUACGCGAUUUCGAUGGAAGAAAAGGUGAAGAAGACAAGACAAGGGGAGGAGCGCGCCAGGGGGGAAGAGGAUGCAUAUUUUGUGUCCCCUCGUUUUGGCUCACUCAGCCAGGAAGAGGUGGAAGCGGUGGAAGAAGCGGGAGAAGCGAGCGAAGUGAGCCACGUGAGAGAAGCACCAACUUGGGGUGAGAAAAAAAAUAAAAGAGUGAACCCCCUGAUAUUCUCCAAGCGCCAUUUACGGGAAGGGUUACUAAAUAACACAAGAAAGCAAGUCAACUCGAAAAAUGGAAAGAAUGGCUACACAAACUGGGCGCCGAAAAACGGGCGUGGCGCGCUACCUCAAAAACUGAGCAAACAGGUGGAAACGCCGCCCAAGGAUAGAUCAGUCGAGUUGGUGCAAAACGUAGACCUAGGCGAAGUGCACCUGAAUGGUGAGAAGAUAGACACCCCCAAUCGUGUCAAUCGUGUCAAUCGUCCCAAUCGUCCUAAUCGUCCCAAUGGUCCUAAUCAUCCUAAUAGUCCCAAUCGUCCUAAUCGUCCUAAUAGUCCCAACAUUUCGAACAUUUCCAACCUCUCCGAUUCGCUAAAACUGAUUGAGCUAAAGCGAAAGGGGGAAAUCUGCAAAAGUGGAGCAAACGGCCGGGCGAGCGCCAAAAAGGAAGACUCCCCCAUGAAGCGCGACCAGGUAAAGCACGACCAGGUAAAGGGCGACCAUGUAAGGGACGAAAAAUACACAAAAAAACAGACAAACACAACAUUACGUAGGUGCCCCAAAAUAGGAAGCAAAAAAAAUGACACAAACAAAGCACUUAAAAUCAAAUCCCCUUUCAUUUCUAAGCACAGUAAUACUCCUAUGUAUGCAACACCAAUACGUAACGAACCACUUAAGUCGAUCAAAAUGGUCAAGGAGGAACGACAACACAGGCAACACAACGGAAGUCAACAAUUCGGAAACCUGAACAGAACAGGCAAAAUUAUCUGUGAAAGGAAGAAAAUGAAGAGCAAAGAUAAGUCCAUCUUUUUCCAAAAGGGAGAGUCUAAAAAGGACACAUGUCAGGAUACUCCAGUAGAAGCAACCGAAAAGGACGAAAAAAAUAAAAUUUACAAUAUCCCUUCUUGUCAUAGCUCCAGUUCCUAUGAUCACCGUCCUAUUCACUCUCUGAACAAUUCUAAUCUGAGUUGUGACUCGCAGGAGACGCAACACGUCAGUACCUUGGCCCAUAUGCGCAAACAGAAUUUGGCCAAAAUGAAGGAAAUGAUCUCCCGUGAAAGGGAAGCUGUGAGGAGAAGCUCCAUCGUUCCGUACCCCAAAAAUGGUGCACGAGGUGGGAAAGAUUCCAAAUGGGAGGUCAAGGGGGCAGGAAAAAGGGAAGGCAAAGGGGAAGCCAAAUGGGAAGGCAAAGGGGAAGCCAAAUGGGAAGGCAAAAGGGAAGGCAAAGGGGAAACCUCAAAGGAAGUGAUCCCCAAAAGAAACGUAUUGUGCAGGACGAAAAACGUAGCACCCAUUGAGACCUCCAUCUGUGGCAGGUACGAGAUAGGGAAGGGUACGAAAGGAAUAAUGGGAGGCAGCAAAGCGCACAACUCUGUGGGCACUCAAAUGGUGGAAGCCCACAAAGCGGACGAUUACAACAUUAGUGCCCGAAAACCAAUUUUAGCAAAAAAGAACAAAAGGGAAAAAUAUCCUCUCGAUAUAGAAGCCUCGUACAAGUGCAAGAGCAUCUACAUAAAAAUCAACGUAGACACAAAUAAUGAAGAGCUACUGAGACAUACACAACAGAAGCUGCCCAAAAGAAGCCUGGAGUUUAAAUUAUUCACGACCAAGUUUGUCGAUGGCUUCAUUAAAUCGACUGAAUCCAAAAAUUAUAAAUCAUCGAGUAUUAUUUUGCAAAAUGCAGAGACUGAUGUUUUUUACAACAUCACUAUUCAUGUGUAUAGCAGUGUCGUGUCUAGCUUAUGGCUAUAUGGAUCCGCUUCGUUUUAUCUGACCAAAUAUAACGUUGAACGGUUUAAGCUGAAAACGCCUUCCUCUGUCACGUUUAACAAAGACGGGGAUGUCAGAAAUGGGGUGUUUAGUGUGGAAAGAAGUGCACAGAAAGGGGUGUCAUCCGGCGCAUUGGCUAGGGAAAAGAAAGGCGAGUUCAAAAGUGCCUCGAAAAAUACGCCUGAGAAGGGCAAACAUGGCGAACCCCUUUUUUUUACAAACUCCGAGGGACAAAACACACAGGAUUAUCUGCUAGAUGAGGAGGUGAAAGGCGUGAAAGGCGUGAGAGACAUCCCCCUCGAUGACCAUCCUUCCAGCUCCUUCGAUGAUGAUGAUAUUUCUUCCGACGAAAGCCACGUCAGAAUGGAAAAUGUAAAUAUCGGCAUCAAUUUAAGAGGUUCCCCCAAUUUGGCACAUCAAUAUAGCACUGGUCAGAGUAACCAUAAUGGUGAUGACCAAGGGAUUCCUCAAAGGGAUGACCCGAACCAAAGAAACGACUCUACGCGCAAUGAAGGUGGCGUCAGUAGCUCUACCUAUGACGAACUGGUCCUAAAUUUCCACGAGAUUAACAAAAGUAAAAUAAAGAAUGAUUUUCAAAAUGUUCGGUACGGUAAGGAGGACACUCGCACAUCUGAAGUAGCGGCGAAGGAUACAUCUAACGCUGAGGAAGAAAAUAAUCUUCAACAUUAUCACAGAGGAUCAUCACAUGAACAAAAAGACCAAAGUGAGCAACCCAGUGGAAGUGAACCCUCCCCAGUGGAGGAACCCAACGCGAGGAGUUACAUAACCGCAACUGUUAAAGAGGAGGAUCACCGUUUAGAAAAAUCUCUCCACUCUGAUAACUACUUAGAUGAAAACAGCGAGGGGAAUUUAAAAUAUACCAAAUUCUUGAUAGAAAAGGGGACACAUAGUAUAAUGCCAGAUUCGACUAAACUGCUUUCAAAUUCUUCACUAGUUAAAGAAGACACAAAUUGUUGUUCUUUUAUACUUUCGAGCACCCGCUCCUUUAAGGAUGCCCACGAGAGUGGCAGCGGAAGUGUAGAAUCUCAAAAGGGGAAACGACCACCUACUGGGGGUCCACCCCUCAAGAGAGACAAAAACAAUUUCAAAACAAAUUUGUUCAGAAGCUGUGAGUCUGGAGUCACGACAAAUAUUUUGACUAAAGAUAAAAAAUGCUCUAACGUGGAGGAACGUCUUCCCAUGUUGGAUGCACAAAAAGAAAAGCUAGCACAGAUAGGUCGCGUACUAAGUGAGAACUGGACAGAAGAUAAAAAUGAAAAUUGUAUGAUGACCACUGUCCAUGAGGUGGAAGGAAUUCCUAAUGAGAAUAAUCCACAUACGAUUAAGAGGAACCACUUGGGGGGAUUAACCCGUCCAAUUUUCCCUCCAAACGGAAAAGAGACAAAGGGAGACAAUUCGAGAAGGCAUCUUCAUAACAGCUUUGUACAGAUCCCUUCCAUGGAAAAAUGGAAAAAAGAAAAUAGUCUGAGGAAUGAUUCGCAUCUAUCAAGUGGAGACCCACAGCUAGCUGAGAAAGAACCCAAUUCUACAUCAAACCUUGUCUUCUCAAAGGGUAUAUUUGUCUACAAAAAUGAAAAUGCAGAUGCAGAAGGGUUGGAGGCAACACAGGAAAGAGAUGAACAAAAUGAGGUGAACCUAUUGAGCGAAAUUAAAAAUGCCAAGAAGAGCAGUUGUGAGGACAUCCCCCAUUCGAGUGACCUCUCCAUAUCUGGCGAGGCUCAGGUAAAAGCAAAGGAAUGCGCAAGUGGAUCGGACGAACGUGAACCCGUUUCCGGGGACACCCCUUCGCAUGAUAAGGGAGAAGAACUCUCCAAAGGCAAUUUUCUAGCUGACAAAGCUCCCACUUUUAAGGACGAGGUUGCCAAAUGGAGUCAGUCGAACAGGUCCGAUGCUAAGCACACGGCCGACUCGAACUGCAACAGAUGGAUCCUGCACAAAAAUGGAAAUGUAGCCAAUAAAGCGAGUGCUCCUAAUGGACUGAGCACGCAGAAUAGCAUCCCGAAUGGCAAAUCGGUUCACAAAUUCGGCCCAUGGAUGAACAAAGGUUGUUACCCCCCACAGGAAGCGUCGCCAUGUGCAAUCCGAUGUGCAAUCCGAUGUGCAACCCGAGGUGCAAUCCGAUGUGCAAUCCGAUGUACAAUCCGAUGUGUAGUGCCAUGCCAGACAAGUUAACAAAACUGCAGAGCAAAAACAUACCAUUGCAGUUACGUACACGUGCAGAGGAGGGGAAAAUGAAGUACGCACAGCACCCCUAUUUUAACAAAACCAACGGGAUGGUUAACUUACCCAACGGAGCUUACUUACUUCAGGGGAACAAUACAGUGGGGCAUAACUUAGGUAGGGAUUUUGCAAAUAAGUUCGCGCAAAUUGGGGAGGAACGUUCGCCAGGCGGUUUGCCAGGCGCUUUGCGAAGUGGUGUGCGAAGCGGUGGACGAAGCGGUGUUCCAAAUGGCCUUUCGAGCGGCCUUCCAAAUGGCCUUCCAAAUGGCCUUCCAAGUGGCCUUCCAAAUGGCCUUCCAAGUGGCCUUCCGAGCGGCCUUCCGAGCAGCAUUACCAACGGGGUGGAAAAAAAAAUGCACAACGCAGAGGACCUACUGUACAAGAGCAACAACUAUGAAAAUGUCCGACACGCGCACGAGUCUGUGGACGUCCCGCCUCUUUACAACACCGGUAAGUCUGUCAUCAGUAAAGAUCGGUAUGUGGACCUUCCCCAUUUCGCUCUUAGACAGAACUACAGUGGAGCGAACUGUCCAAGUGCACCCUCACAAAUGGCUACCAACCAAAAUGCCGAAACGUAUGCAAAAGGAUCUGCACCCAAAAUUCCCCCCUGUGAAGAGAGCAUCACGAAAGAUACGCCGCAUGAUGGUAUAAACCUACCUCUUAGAAAAAGCAACCCUGAGGAGGACGGGUUACCAAUUGUGGGGGCACUUCCCCACAACGGGGAAUCCCCAAUGGGCGCAAAUAAUUACCCCCCAAGUGGAGACAAUGAUCCCCAUAAGGACCUUAACCAGGCGGGAGAUAACAGCUCUUACAAGAAAGAACCCACUCCGACGUUUCAGACGUAUCUCAAUGGGGAAAUAACGGACUGUCUCCAAGGGGGGGUCCUCCUACCUGGGCAGGGCGGACCCAGCAGCGGCCAGCAAAACAUCAACCCGGUCAGCAGCGGCCAGCAGAAUAUCAACCCGGUCAGAAGCGGCCAGCAAAAUAUAAACCCACUUAGCAUCGGCCAGCAGAAUAUCAACCCGAUUAGCAUCGGCCAGCAGAAUAUCAACCCGCUGAGCAGCAGCCUCCCCAAUGGAGCCCACACUCCAACAAACAAACUCGCUGCCAGCAUGCAGGGCAACGCCGAUAGGCAGUUACGCCAAAACUGCUCACCAAACAACGGACCCUCACUAUACAACCCCAUUGUGGGAGCCAAUAUGCCCAGAGUAAACAAUAACAUUAAAAUGUUCGCCUUUAACGAGGAAGGCAUAACAGCUCAUCUUGAAAACCAAAAAAGGAAUAAAAACCAGGGGAAGAAGAACCCCCUUUACCCUUACAUGCAACAAAAUAUGCACACCUAUGGUACACGAAUGCCCAACAAUUAUUAUCCUUUCAAAAAUGGAUACUAUCUACCAAGUUGUAGUCCCCCGGAUGAUGUACAAAUGAAAGCAGCAUGCGUAAAUCAGCAUGCAAUGAACAAUAAUCAAACUAUUUUAAAAAAAGGAAGCGAACAUUAUUUCGGAAGGGCUGUGCCAAAACCUGUUGCGUGUACCUAUGCACCAUUCGGGGAUCAUCCAUAUUCUCCACAAAAUGGUAGCUUAGAAAAAGAGCACCUCAAAAAAUGUAGGCUUCUAUAUACACAAGGAAUGCCAAAUGUAGCGAGGGAAAAUCCGUUUCCCGUUUUUAAAACAAACCAAGAGAAGUUAAGUGGUCCUUACAGCGGCACUGCCAGUGGCAACUUCAACCCUGUUGAACUUGCGGCACACCAUGUUGAUCAAAAUGUGGAAAGGAAAGUCGGUGUAUAUGCCCCAUGCGGUGACGCCCGUCGGGUGGUGGUUCCUGGUAGAACGGGGCAGUUCCCCUCCCCCUAUGUUCAUUGGCCACAAUGUGCACCCCAUAAUGCGCUUAGCAUGUUUCCCCCGAACGCGAACCCCAAUAGUCCCUCAAUAAAUAUGCACAGAGAGAAGGAGAACCCGAGUGGCAUUUCUCCCCCCGAUGGACGUAGCUCCCCCUGCAGUGGUUAUCGCCCCCAAGGAGCGAGUCUGAUCAGACAGAAUCCCUCAAGGGAAGAACAGAAAGUGCAAACUGGAUAUCCGCUCAGAAGUUUAGCCAAGCAGCCGAACCAACACGGGUCCAAACUAGCAAGCUCUCUUGCGUCGCCCAACAAGCCAAACAAGUGCAUAGAAUGGGAGAAAUCUGAGGAAGCGCGCAAAUUCGAUCUAAAGUAUAACGAAAUCAAUUUUAAAAGCAUCCAGUGUGUAGAACAAACAAAUGGACAGUUCGCGGAUCACAUAUAUAACAUGGCCAAAGGUUGCAGCACAGCAUGUUCUGCAAGGGAAUAUACCUACACAGAUAAUAUGUGUGUGAAGCGAGAAAAUUCAUUGGGAAAAAACAGAAAAUUUUCUCCCUUUUUUGGAUUACGUAAUAGUGGCAAUUAUUCAAAUACAGAGGAUCACGCAGAGUGCACACAAAAGAAAAAUCCAACAACAAAAUCGUUUCAGUUGAGUAUUCAGCUGGGAGAACGCGAGUGGGGGAAAAUUAAAUUCACUUGUGAUGAUAUCCUUGAUGAUAAGAUUAACAAAUUUAUUGAAAGUAAUAACUUAAAGAAAAUUUUUUUAUCUCCCUUACGGGAAAAAUUGAAGUACAUGUUGCAAAAUGAUGUGCCCAAGUGGAGCAUGAGCAUUACUGAGAUAUUAUGA